ACUUAAACAAUACACCAUAAAAUAAUCGUGUGUUGCGGAAAAAUUUCGCGGUGACCCUACAAAGAUAGGUAGAUAGAUAGAUAGGUCUCAUUCAAAAUGCCAGCACAUGAAAAGAAACUGAACGGGGCCCAAAAACAAAUGGGCCUCCUCGAAGAAAAAGAGAAACGAAAUACAAUUACAAAGGUGGAUGCUUCCACAUAUUCACCUGGACGCCAAAGGAAGCAGUCGCCAGGGCAGACCAAACGGGUCACAUUCAGAAAGCAAAGGUCUCAUGGAGAGUCGCCACAGAUCCCAAAAGACGCCUGCCUUCAGGGACUUACAUCUUGUUUGAUCACAAGGUCUUCAUUGGAUCGUCGACUACCGGCCGGUGCUAACAACCCGGCCGAUCGGUCUACUGGUAAACUGCCUCGUACAGACAGUGAAUGCCACUUCAAGGCACCGGGAAUUGACUUUCUCAUAGAACGAAAUACAGAUGUAACUUCUCACGAAGUCAAGAUGAGUCCCUCGGUGCCUGUGGUGAAGAAUUUAAAGAACAAAUGCGAUUUCUUCCCGAAAUAUGUGGACAAGCGGCCAUUCAAGGAGCAGGGAACCCAAACGCUCUAUAGGGAGUCCUCUGCACAAACGGUAGCCUAUUUGCCAGAGAUCAUGGACAAGGAGAUAGAUGAGCAUCUGGAGCUAUUUUGCCUACCGUCUUUGCUGCCUGGAGAUAAGCCACCGGGACUCCAUGAAGUCGAGAUCCUUGAGCGUGCCCGCAAGCGCUGGGCCUUCAAUAAGGCAGUGAAGACAAACUUUAUGAAACAAUUGCAUGCGGCUCGGGAGUUGACAAUGCAAACCAAAUACAAGCACAUACUGGAAGCUUUUGAAUGGGAGAGUUGGAUCGAGCGGGAGGAGUACAUACAGGAGUGUCAGAUGAUGCGACUGGAGAUCGUCAUAAAGAUGUUCGACAAGCGCGAGAAGGAGAUGCAUUUAGCAUCCAAGACGCGCAUUGAAAUCGCUUGCGAACGAAUCGAGAAACGCAGGCAGGAGGGUCUGCACAAAAACAAGAUGGAGUAUCUGCGUGGCAAGCAUCGUCUCGAAAGCCAGCGUAAUCCCACGUCCCAAAAGUGGAAGAGGCAGACUCCUAUGUAUGCUUUGGGAUCACCGUGCUCCGAGUUCUAUGGACCACUCAUUAGACACGGUGUUGAUCCGGCGCGUCGCAGCUUUGUUGGCACCAAUAGCAAGGCCUUCGACAUGAGAAUUGACGAUCUGGAGAAGCGAGUGAACAUGCAGAAACUACAGUGUCCGUUCAGAAAGCUCAAGGAAUGGUCAAAGCCUAAAGAGAGUAUCAAGGAGCACGAACAGAACUUCUGCUCUGAUAAAAAUUUGCAAAAGCUCUACGACUCCUUGAAGGGCUUGAGAACAAUGGCGCGGAAGGAGAAGUCACAACCAAAAUGUCUCAAGAAACGACUGAUACCCAAUGCUGAGAGAAAAUCCUCGAUACAUUAUGAUUUUGAAUACCAAGAUCCAACUGCCACAUACGGCACCAAGCGAAUCGCCAAGGAAGAUUCCUCAGAGAUCCUAUCGCCAAACCAAUCCUCCUCUCCCUAUAAAGUUAAGUCUUCUUCACCAGCACUAAGCUCAGUGUUCAGCAAGCGGAUGCGAGAUGAGAGAAGCAGUCAGGAACUAGAGAAGCUAUUGCACACGUACGAAGGUACCCACAUUGGUUGGGUCAUGGAGUUCCUAACCGAAGAGGCGGGACGAUUGAAGGAGCUCCGAAAGCUCCACCUAUUAGCCAUGCUGGUCCAGAAAGAGCGAUGGAGACGUGAGGCGGGCGAGGCAGGGCUUCGGCAGAAGGAGAACGAAAUGCGAAAGCUCUAUGAAGAAUUGUUCCAGAAGUGCAAUGUGGCCAACAGAGAAGUUAGCGAUAAGUAUCUCAAUACCAUUCUUACAACAGAUAUGAGCCACAUAGCUGAAAAUGACGCUGCUGAAACCGUGACCGAUCUUGCAAAAGUUAUUGAUGCCGAUAUCGAGCGUUGGUUGGAGAGCUUCAAGCUCAUUCAGACGCCACUAACCUAUGCUCCACUGCGUGUCAUGCUACGUGACAUGGUCUCCCCAGACAUGAGUGCUGCUCUCGAUCGUCAUGAGAAGGCUCUUAUCGCUAAUUAUAUUGUUGAGGACGUAAUAUUUGGCAGAGUGUGGGAGGAGCUAGAACCAUUCGACAUAUCCACCACCCUGACUAGCGACUUCAUUGAUCGCCUCAUCGACAACGAUCUCUAUCUAUUCUCCACGGACAGCGAAAGUGACACACCGCAGAAAACAUCAAGCUACGAGGCAAAGGCUAUUAUACGAAAGCUUAUCCGCCAGGCAGUCCCCGGACAACGUUGGAAAGAUGAAACCGAACGCAUUGUGCACGAGAACCAAAACGAUCUAUUCGAUGAUGUCUUCGCAGAAAUCAUGAACAAGAUCGAGAAUCCACUACCGGUUUUACCCUCUCAAUUGAUACCUUUACAUAGUAUCGUAUCAAACCGUAGAAUCCGCCUAACGGACGACAUUCGUAAGUUAGAAAAUAUUGACUAUCGGGCAAUCAGAGAUCAGCCGUCACUGCCAGACACAGAACUGCUCCGGAUUCAGUUGCUAAACUUGUUUAAGAGAAUGACAAACGACAAGAUCACCAGGGAAUUGGAAACCGUUGACAAAUACUAUGAGGAUGACCACGUCCAAGAAGAUCCCGAUGUACAUAUACAAACUCAGAUUUUGCACAGCCCUCUCAUCAAAUCAAGUGAGGUUCGCGAAGAGAAUUCCGUAAAAUUGGUGGAGGAUGAGUUUGAAGAAGAAUCUGAAGGAUGGAUUGAAACAGAGUCUGAAUUUUCGGCUCAAGUUGAGGGUCAUUUUGAGCCUUAUUAUUAUAUGUCUGAAGCCGAUGAUGAGCUGGAAAUUGAACAUUUUGAAUACGACACAUAUAAUGAAGAAGUAGAAGAAGAACAUUUAUCUCCCAAAGAAGAGGUGCCAGAACUUGAUGGCUCGACAAUAAAAAAGAAGUCCCAGGUUAAGAUUAUUACCCUAGAAGAUGACGAGAAUCUCAACAAAACACCGAUACAGCUUCUCGAUCCGAAAGAACAUGAGGCUGACCUUAGGCCCGGCGGGUCCGUCUUCAAAACCAGCUUCAACACAUCGGCUAGCCGUGUGGCAAGUGAAUACAAUUUGAUUGAAACCAUAGAACACCGAAGCUCAGAUCAAAUUCUCCCCACAAAGCCAACCACCUCCCAUGAAGUUGAAAAGGCUACCUCAGAUACUGGGUCGAACCGUUCGCGGCGUAAAUAAGGCGCAAAGAUGUUCUGGUUCACGUGUUUAAAAAAAUUUGGAAAUAAAUUUUCGAAUUGCGUAAACUUA